AAAGGAAUUAAAAUGAAUAAAUUAUUGAGGAAAAUAAUCAAUAAUAAGGAACUUAAGGACCAAUCCAACAAGGCAUCUAUUUUACAUUACUUUGAAGAAAGACUAAACGAAUUCCAUGUAGAAUUCUCAGACUGUGAAGUAAAAGUUACUAGCUCUAACUAUGUGGCUGAUAGAUUUUUGGCUAACUUAGAAGUGUUGUUUCUACACGGUCUCAAAGAAACAUUUAUUAGUCAAUUGUCUACUGUGAUUGGGAACAAUGUAGAUAAAAAUACGGAUAUUAACUUUUGGCACUGUCUACUUAUACUGUCUCCGAGUGGUGUUGUUGAUCAAAUAAACUCAUUGAAACAUGUUACGACUGAUGUGGGAAGAUGCAGAGCUUGGAUUCGCUGUACCCUCAAUGACUGUGUAUUUCGCAGCUAUUUAAUGUCUGCUGUCAAAUAUCGUCGAUAUAUUAUAAAGUUUUACAAUAAGACAGCAAUUAUACGUGAUCAUGAAUGUUUUGAAAAGAUUAUUGCAUUACUGGAAAGCAUUGAUCAGUAUAAUUUUGAUCUUACAUUGAACUCGAGUCUCCUAAAUACAUGGCCGAACAGUACAUUGAUGUUGGCAGGUUACUGGACCCCAGCUCUUAAAAAUAAUCCACUGUACAACAACAAUCCUCAAAUAGCUGAAGCAGAAGAUGUCAAUGAAAUUAAUGAAGCAGUAUUGAUAAAUGAUCAUAAUAGAUCUGAAGAAAGUUGCAAUUCAUCUUUAUCGUCAUCGUUUGUCGAUUCAGAUUUUUUUCGUAAGCCUCAAGUCAUCAUGGACGAAGAAGUUGGGUGGAAUUUAAUCAUGAAUCAGCCUUCCACUUCCUAUACUACUUCUAGCAGUGAAAUUGUCACUAUAGUAGAAUCUGUUGAACCUGUAUCGAAAGAAGAGGAAAAAACAAUAGAAAAAUUAGCUACUGAACAGAACACCGAAAACGUACCCAUUAAAGAAGAUAUCCAUGAAACUCAAAGUUUCAACGAUUUAUUAGAAUCAUAUAAUUUGAGAGUCAAAAGUAUAUCUGAUAAUACUAAAAUGGAAGAUUUGUAUAAACAAUUGACUGUUCCGAAGAUUAUUGAAGAACAUUUCAAUGAUACAGAAAUCUUGGACAAUGAUGAAGAUUCUUUUGUUCAGUUGUCUGUGCAUCCUGAACGUUUGAGCUUAGACCUGUUAAAAAAAUACUUGGAAUAUUUGUUUACACCUCCAAAGGAACUUGGUUUGAAUUCUCAGGAUUUUAUGUGUAAGAGUUGCAACGAAACGAUUGGCAUUGAUUUCGGGAAUUAUUAUAAAUGCAAUUUCACCGCAUGUUAUUACUGCGUACAUUGUUUUGGCUCGGAGAAAUGGUCAAUACCUGUGAAAAUAUUGUUUGACUGGGAUUUCAAUCAGUAUCCAGUGUCUAACAGUAGUUCAACGUUUUUAGGUGAAAUACAAUAUCACCCUCUGUUUAAUAUGAGAAGUAUUAGUCACAAGCUGUACAAAGCCAAUAAGGAAAUGGGCAGGUCAAAAAAACUGCGUUGGCAAAUUUACUAUCUUUACCAUUAUUUAUCUACGUGUAAGUUUUACGACCUUGAUGAGUUGUCUAAAGAUAUAUGGCCCCGUGUCUAUUUCUUUAACAAUAUUCAUCUUUACUCAUUUGCUGACCUUCAAGAGAUCUAUUCUGGUACCUUUUUUGAGUUCCUUGAAGUCAAAAUCGAAGCCUGUCAAAAUCAUGUUUACAAUUGUACAGUGUGUAGUCAAAAAGGUUACAUAUGUGAAAUAUGCCGAGACUCCAAAAUUAUUUAUCCAUUUGACCGUGGUGAUAAUUACCGAUGUUGUCAUUGCAAAUCAUUGUAUCAUCGUAAAUGUUUUAAAGAUAUAAAAUCAUGUCCAAAAUGUGAACGAGACAAAAUCAGAAAAAUGAAGAGAACUUCUAAUAGCGAUGACGAUGGUGAAGAGAGUUAAAAUGGCUUAAUAAGAAUGCAUUAGUGAAUUAUUCAUUCACUUACAAAAUAUGUAUUUGUUACCAUUAUUUGUAAAAUU